AUGGCUAAUCCUGGAGGUGGUGCUGUCUGCAAUGGGAAUCUGCACAAUCACAGGAAACAGAGCGACAGCCUGCAAAGUGGAAACCACACGAAAAAUGGAAUAGUGAAAGAAGCCCAGCAAAAUGGGAAACCACACUUUUACGAUAAGCCAAUUGUUGAAUCCUUUGAGGAAGCACCUCUUCAUGUUAUGGUUUUCACUUACUUGGGAUAUGGACUUGGAACCCUAUUUGGCUAUUUCAGAGACUUUCUGAGGAACUGCGGAAUAGAAAAGUGCAAUGCAGCCGUAGAACGAGAAGAACAAAAAGAUUUUGUGCCACUUUAUCAAAACUUUGAGAACUUUUACACGCGGAACCUGUACAUGAGAAUCAGAGACAACUGGAACCGUCCCAUCUGCAGCGCCCCGUCGGCUCUGUUCGACGUGAUGGAGAGGGUGUCAGACGACUACAACUGGACAUUUCGGUUUACUGGAAGAAUCAUUAAAGAUGUGAUCAACAUGGGCUCAUAUAACUUCCUUGGCCUGGCUGCCAGUUAUGAUGAAUCUAUGAAGACGGUAAAGGAUGUUUUAGAGCAAUAUGGCUUAGGUGUCGCCAGCACCAGACAUGAAAUGGGAAGUUUGGAUAAACACAAAGAGUUGGAGAACCUUGUGGCUGAGUUCCUGAAUGUAGAAGCAGCUAUGGUCUUUGGGAUGGGAUUUGCAACUAACUCAAUGAAUAUCCCAGCACUAGUUGGAAAGGGAUGCCUCAUUUUAAGUGAUGAGUUAAACCAUGCAUCUCUCGUACUCGGGGCCCGACUCUCAGGUGCAACCAUAAGGAUCUUCAAACACAACAACAUGCAAAGCCUAGAGAAGCUCCUGAGAGAUGCUGUAAUCUAUGGCCAGCCUCGAAUCCGCAGAGCUUGGAAGAAGAUUCUCAUCCUAGUUGAGGGCAUCUACAGCAUGGAAGGUUCCAUCGUGAAUCUGCCCCAGAUCGUGGCUCUAAAGAAGAAAUACAAGGCUUACCUCUACAUAGACGAAGCUCACAGUAUUGGGUCCGUGGGCCCAACUGGCCGGGGUGUUGUAGAAUUCUUUGGACUGGACCCUCGAGAUGUUGAUGUGUUUAUGGGCACAUUCACCAAAAGCUUUGGAGCCUCAGGAGGUUACAUAGCUGGAAGGAAGGACCUUGUGGAUUAUUUACGAGUUCACUCACAUAGUGCUGCUUAUGCUACAUCCAUGAGCCCACCAAUAGCAGAGCAAAUCAUCAGAUCAAUGAAAUUUAUCAUGGGACUGGAUGGAACCACACAAGGGCUUCAGAGAGUACGGCAACUUGCAAAAAAUACAAGAUACUUCAGACAGAGACUGAACGAAAUGGGAUUCAUUAUCUAUGGCAAUGAGGAAUCUCCCGUCGUUCCCCUGCUCCUUUACAUGCCUGCUAAAGUAGCGGCUUUUGCAAGGCAUCUAUUAAAUAGAAAAAUCGGGGUGGUGGUCGUUGGAUUUCCAGCUACUCCCCUCGCAGAAGCUCGGGCUCGGUUUUGUGUUUCAGCAGCACAUACCCGGGAGAUGCUAGACACAGUUUUGGAAAACCUGGAUGAAAUGGGUGAUCUCCUGCAACUGAAGUAUUCCCGGCACAAGAAGUCAGCGCGCCCUGAACUCUAUGAUGAGACAAGCUUUGAACUGGACGAUUAAGUCUCCUGGUCCCGAAUUGCACCUAAAGACUUUGCCAGAAAGACCUCCCGCCCUGCCUCAAAAGGAACAUAAAUGGAUUUCUCCCCCUUUCUAAGGACAGUUUUGGUUUCUGAACCAGCUGAAUUGAACUGAAGGAAAUGUCAUGUUUUUAAUGUCUCCAAUCCGGAACUGCAAAGACAAAAAUAUGGUUCCAGAUUUUAACUUUUCUCCUCAUCCAAGUAUCCUGCUACAAACACAUGCACACGCAUGCAUGCGCACACGUGCACAUACACACACUCACACGUAUACACACACACACACACACACACACACACACACACUUCCUAGAACAUUUUUAAUGGCAAUGAGCCUGUGUUUUAGCUGCUACUGUGCAGCCUCUUUGGUCCAGACUCUUUCAGGCAUUCCAACCAAAUGAGAGGGUUUUGAUUUUUAAUUCAGUAGAUUCUCACUCCGUGUUUACUUAUUUCAUCUGCAGACAUGAGCAGAGGUGGUGGGCAGUAGCUGACCUCCUUGUUUCACCCAUGAAUGCCCCAGCUAGAACUCAUCUGUAUCAUGGGGAGCUCCAGGCAGGAGGGUAAAGAAAUAUUGCUUCUACCAUUUGCCACAUUUGGACUUUUUCCAAGGACAAGUGUCAAAAGCCAUAGUUAACGUUUGGAGGGAGAGAGCAGAAUCGGCCAACAGUGACUAAAGACGUCUUUGAAGGAAACUUUCCUUUUCCUCUCGCUGGUCUCCUACAGUUUUACAGCUGAGCUUUUGAGGUUUGGAAAAUCCAAGACUUUUGUUUCGUAAGGAAGGGGGCAGAAAGCAAACACAAGCCAAUUUUAGGCCUAGACUAAAACUGUAAUGUUAUAGCAACUGGAAGGUUGUCUGUGCCAUGUGGAGUGAAUGUUUAGCUUGCAAACAUAGCCCUUAUUACUUUAAGGAAUGAGUUGUCAUUUUCCUAUUAAAUUUUGAGUAAAUGGUGAGAUUCAAUUUCCUUUA